AGAUUGGUCAAACAUAGAUUAUUGAGGAGAGGCGCUGGCGAAGUGCUACGAAAGAAGCGGUGAAAGGUUGCAUACGAGUCGCCUUCCCCUUGAUAGGUGGACUACCAAGUGGCUGACACUAGGCCGAGUCCUCGCCUAAAAGUGCUGCAGGCCGUGGCCUGGCCUCUCUGAUGCACAGCCACGACAGGCGAGCGGCUGAAGGUGGGAAAUAACAUAACAGUGUGGCCUGGUCUUGACCUUGUCAUCAAGGCGCAAAGUCCGGUAAACUUAUGAGUUUUCAACAACGCAGACUUCUGCACAAACCACGUCUAAAUGUCGAGUGACAUCCAGGGUGUGAACAAAGAGAACACAAACGCAUCAAGGCGUAUUCAUGUCAAAGAAUGUGGCUUCACCAUUGUACAUGAUGGUGGCCCUCGUCCAGACUUCGACAUCGUCUUCAUCCACGGCAUUCAAGGAUAUCCACUGAAGACAUGGACAUACAAUUUGACACAGACCGACACACCAAAACCAAAGGGACCCCUGGGACUUCGCAGAUCGAUCGCAGGAACGCCGUUACGAGAUCGUUCUGCAGGCAGCCUGGGAUAUUCUCAAGACGUCCCUGCAGGAUUCUGGCCAGCCAAUCUUCUGAGAAAGGAUUUCCCGGAUGCCCGGAUUUUGACGUAUGGAUACGACUCGCAAGUGAGCAACUUUUUUAGUGGUGGCGCGAAUCAGAACAACAUAAUCGAGAUUGCAAACGCUUUUCUGAACGACCUGGCCGCUCAGCGAGUGGACGCUCGUGGUCGUGAUAUGAUUAUCGUCUCGCAUUCCAUGGGUGGUCUAAUCACGAAAGAGGCACUACGACGGGCUUCAAAUUCGUCUGAAAUGGACAGCGACUUGAAAGAUGUUCUGCUCUCAACCUUCGCUCUCAUCUUCUUCGGUACCCCACACCGGGGUGGCGCUUAUACGAACCUCGGUCUGACCAUAGCGAAGAUGGCCAAAGCUGCCGGCUUUAGUGUCAACGACCAGAAUAUUCGUGAUCUCAGAGGUGAUUCGCCCGUUCUUGCUCUUAUACGGGAUGGAUUCAGCCAGCUCUUGGAGUCUGGUACCUUUUAUAUUUCCACCUUUCAGGAGUCUCUAGGCUACAGUGGGUUUGGCUGGAUGGAUAGUAAGGUGGUCCCCAAUGAAUCCUCCGAGCUUGGGCAUCCAGUGAAGGAACGAAAGAGUUUCGUAAAUGCAAAUCACAGAAAUAUGUGCAGAUUUCAAGACGAGGAUGAUGAUGGCUAUAUCAGGACGAAAGGAGAAAUCAAACGCCAUCUAGAACGUCGCAAGCUCAAAGCCGACCAUAUUCGAGGCGAGCAGGUCCAGAGUCAGUUGCCCGCUUGGAACCUAGUCUUGAAAAUGUUCUGUCAGAUUGACUUGCACAAACAGGUUGCCUUGAAAGUUUUCCAAAACACCAGAUGGGUGACAGAGUCUUGCAAAUCGAGGCUGCGCUCAGAGAGACGCUGUCAUGGCUCUAUCAAGAACCUGGUCCUGGGCUCAACCAAUGGCUUAUGGCAGGUGACGGUAUCUUCUGGAUACAGGGAAAGGCAGGCUGGGGCAAAGGCCAUGAAAUUCCUCCUCGAAAACUAUCAGACGCUCAGCUUGUUGAACCAGUCGCUCGAAGUCGGUUCGUGGCUCCUGCUGGGAAGCUUCUUUACGGAUAGGGCCGAAAGGAUCCAAGCUUCGUGGGAGGGAAUCUUGCAUGAUAUGAUCUAUCAGCUUCUGGACAACUGCCCUGCGCUGAUGGAUAUAGCAUAUGGUACCUUCGUGAAGCGGAGACAGAGCUACUGGGAUACCAACAGCCUUGAGAAGCUGCUUUUGACAAUUGUUACUGAAUUCGACGGAGAGAUGCAUGUAUGCUUCCUGAUCGAUGCACUGGAUGAGCAUGACGGUCAGCAUGGUCGGAUGAGUGACUUCUUCCACGAUCUUGUAGCCAGUUCGAGAGAGUCGGUGCAAUUGAAAGUUGUCGUUGCAAGCAGGCCGCACAAUGAAAUCAAAGACCUAUUCGAGGGGGAUCAGACCCUCGAAAUGCAGGAAUGGACCGAGAAAGACAUCAAAACAUACAUUACUGUACGACUUGCACGACAACCUCGUUGGCAGGCACUCAAGGAUAGAGGUGCUGUCUCCACUGUGUCUGAUGUUGAGGCUGACAUCUCAAAACGCGCUCAAGGGGUCUUCCUUUGGGUGAAACUCGUCAUCGACGAGCUGGUUGACGAAAUUCGGGACGGAGUAAGCAUUCCUGAAUUGAAGGAGUGGGUGAGGAAAUUUCCCGAAUACCUAGACGACCUUUUUGGCCAUAUGUUACAAAAGGUAAAGAAGCAACACUACAUGGAGCUGGUCAUCGUCGUGGAAACCCUGCUUCGAAGCGAAAUUGCUCCAACUCCUGAAUUCUUGCGCCUAGUCGUUUUGGCGAAUUCCAAGGCCGAUAACAACCAGGCCAACGAAGAUGAUAGUCAGGUUCACGAAGAGAUCGAUCCGGAUGGCAUUGCCCGCCGACUACGGAGCCGGAGUGGAGGUCUAGUUGAAAUUGUUCCAAGGAUCCAGUACGAGAAUGAAGAACUCGUCGUGCAGUUCGUGCAUCAAAUUGUCAAGGAGUACUUUCUCCGAAGGAAGAACCUUAGUGGGUUCUCGGAGUCGAUUACCUGUCUUGCGCCUGGAGUCGACCACCUUAAUGGAUGCUUCUUCAUACUUCAAGCUUAUCUUUAUUGGCUGAAGAUGCCACCAAAAGCCCGCAUGGGCUAUCUCAUUGACGUGGAUGAAUUAGCUCGGGCCAUUGUCUCUCAUGCCAUCAUGACUGAGUUAAGUAUGGACGUGGCCCCAACACGCCUCUUGGGAGCAUUGGAUCCUUUGAUAUCACAGCAGAGUAGGUAUGGGCUGCUAUGGCCUUUAAACUAUGGCAAAGCCGCACAGCCUCCAGAAUGGCUCAAAGAAUCGGAAGUGGCGAUACAGUAUGGCUCGAUGUUCAUGAUCGAAGCGACCGCUUUUCGACUUUCGCGCUAUAUCCAGGAAGCCUUGACAGAUGAGAUGGCGGAAUCUAUUAGGGCCAGUGGCGCGAUACAAUUUGGGUAUCUUCGUUGUGGCGUUUCUACUCACACGAGAGGCCCUUUGCUGGAUCGCGCCAAUCUCUUGAUCAAGUGCGGUGUCAAUGUCUCACUGCAACGAACUUUCAGAUAUCGGGAUCCCAAUAUUGCUUUGCACGCCUGGAAUCAAGCUGCUUUGGACGCCUGGCCCCUUCCUACUAUUUCCAUGGACGCUCUCGGGAUAUUUGUCUCUACUCAUUGGGAAUGCUGCUGGGGUGACGGCAUCGAAGACGACACAACUGGUCAUAUGGCUGUCCUCCGCAGGCUUCUAGAAGUCACUGCUGAUCCAAUGGGUUUGUGCCUUAUCGAAGAAGUGCCUAUCCGUCUCGACAGAUACUUCUCGAUGGCUUCCUUGCAAAGUCAGAACAUUCGCAUGCUCGAUUUGUCGUGGGAGCAGUGCAAAACAUGGCUGGCUUCUGUGGCAGACAUGUUCGACACAACGCCGAGCCACAUACUGUGGUUUUGGGUCUACAAGAGUGUUGACAAACCCGAGAUUGCACGAUGGCUGCUGAAUCAUGGUGCUACAAUUUCUGCUCAUGUUGCGAUGGCGAUAUAUCAACCGUUGGCGAUAGUACUCUCGCGGAGAUACAGGGGAGUUCCGUUCGUUGAACUGGUUCAAGCGUUUGCCGCAGAAGGGAAGUCACUAGAAGUCCUUGAGCAAACCCUUCUGGGCGAAUACGAACGCUAUUUCCAUAGCCACAUCAUGCCGGGGUACAAGCUCUUGCUUGCGACCGAAUUCAGGAAGCCGCAAUAUUAUGAGGCUGACGCCAGAGAAUUUGCCUCAGAGUAGAAUCCUGGUUGGCCCAGUUGAGGCGAGUCCUAGAAGAACGGUUGGCUAUCCAUGUUGUCAUUUCGCUCUGGAACGUGGGCAUCCGUGGUUCUGG